UCCAUUUAAAAAUUCUAUCCGAGCUUAUAACUUGUCGAAUGAAAUUUUUUAUUUGGAUCUUGAAUCGUCAUUCUCCACGACUAGCCCACCGUAUGUAGAUCUUACUGUGACUUCCGCGCGAUUGCGAUAUGGAAAUGAAAAAUCAACUGCAUUAGUUGGUGGACCUUCUAAUGAUGAAAUAUUGCUUGUGGGAGGUGUACAACAAAAUCUCACCCUACUUGAUCAGAUAGAUCAUAAUGCAACAAUAACUUCAAAUGGAACAGUAAUGAUAAAUGAAUUACUUAAUACUUGGAAUUCAACAAAUCAAACAAUUUUUAUUUACCGGCCAACUGCUCGAAUUUGGGUGAAUCCUGAAUCUGUCGCGAAUAUUGGUGCACCAACAAUUAGACGUAGAUCAACUUCAACG